AUGGAUGUGUUCUAUCCAGACACAUCGUUCUGUGAGGGGAUUAGGCUAAUCGAAAGUUUGCCUGGCGAGUCUAAGUCUACCAUGGCCUUGGAGGAGGAGGAAUUACUUCAGGAGGGUAUCCAAGAGUUACUCAAGUUACUUGCAUGUGUCAAGAAUAAUUCCAACGAAGCUGAAGUGGAGAACUGCAUGCAUUUGCUCGCAGACAGUUUGGAUGACGAAGUCGAUAUAGACGCUGAGCUCCUUGUAAAGAAACAAGCUCACCUCACUGUGCUGGACGUAAUGCGUUCCCACGAAACAAGCCACAAAAUUCAACUUCAUACCUGUUUUGUACUACACAGGUUCGUGGAACUUAAUCCGCGUGUUCGAUCUGAGCUACAAAGAAGGCAAGCUCACAGAGAUAUUUUAAAAAUGAUGAAACAUCAUGGUGACAAAAUGUGUCAAGUUAUAGGUUGUAAAAUGUUGUCUGCACUGUGCACUUCCACAAGAAUGAGAAGCGAUGCUUUGGACAAACGCGCCGUAGAUUUUGUUGUUUCUGCUAUUAGCUAUUUCGGAGAGGAUGAAGAAUUUUAUAUUCCUGCUUUUGAAGCCCUAACACAAUUACUGAAAGACGAUCCGUCUGCACAAGAGAAUUUUGUUCACAUGGAGGAGAAAAAGCCUCCCCGAAAAAAGUAUCGCAUUGUUGUGGAAACUAUGGAGAAAUUCGCGAAGUCAGGUAAGACAGAUUGACUCUAAAUAUUCCGCAAACUAUUGCACAUUGGAGCUCCAAUCUAUAAAAAUUAAUUUAAUACGUCAACAACCGAGUGUCUUUUCAUGCGAUGUUAACUGCAAAUGUCUUAAAACGACAUGUGUUUAGUUUCCUUAUGCAAUGUUUACUGACUCCAAUAGUUUUUAGGUAACAUGUGUUCAAUCUUGUCAUGCAAUGUUGCCAGACAGCAAGAGUUUUUAAUUAUUAUUUUAAUUUUAUCUCUUUUGCCCUUGUUAAUUUAGCCUAUGUACAGUAUUUACCCUCUCCCCUCAAGACAAUGCUGAAUCAGGAUUCUCUAAACCUUAAGGAUAUGCAGUGUUUUGUCAAUGAUUUAGAAUGUGGUAGAGACAAGAGUGUUAUUCUAAACAUAAAUAGGACUCUUCAAGUAUGAUGUGUCACCUAAUUUUGUUGCUGAUUGUCGCUUAAUUGAUCAUUCAUGAUCCUAAACUUAAAGGCAUUUUGUGUUUUGCUUUAAAGGAGAGAUCCAAGAGCAAGGUAUUCGGCUGAUGUGUGUUCUAGCAUCUUCAAACAAGAACUGCCAGGCUCUUGUACAUGGAAGAACAUUUAUGGUUGCCUUGGAAGCAAUGAAGAAACACUGUGAUUGUGGUGGAGUUCAAGCAGUGGGAUGCCGACUACUUGUACUUUUGGCAGCCUUGGAGCCUCACAGAGCAAUUCUAGUUCAGCAAAAUGUUGUUUUAAUGGUUAUUCUGAGGGCAUUACGACAGUUUAAGGAUUGCAUGGAGGUUCAGAAAAAUGGCUUGACUGCUUUGGCUCUCCUCACAGAAGAACUGGACAAUAAACUGCAAGAUGGUCAGUGAAGUAUUUUAUGAAGCUUUUAUUCAACACAGUGAGAGCACACAAAUCAAUAUUCCAUUACUUGAAAGUUAAUAGGAGCAACAAUUGUAGGUUAGAUGAAUAAUGAUUUAUAACACUGCACUCCAACAUGAUUGGUAUGAGAUAAAUCAUGUUAAGAGUCAAUAUGUUGUGUUUUUGUGUAAGACAAUUCAUUCUCAUAGAACCUCUGAUCACAUGGGCAUCUAAGCUUGAAGUGACAAGGGUAUUACCAGUCUCCCUGGAUAGGAUGCCAGCUCAUCCCAAGGUUACUGCCUGGUAUUUCAUCAUAUCUCCCUGAGCCACAAACGGGGAAUGGUUUUAAAGGUCUUGAGUAUUGUGGUCUUCAAUUUCACUAUUUAGUAUCUUCAACAGGGUAUCUUUCAAAACAAGAGGUCUUAAACAUAACUUUGGUGCUAACAAUUUGCAGUCUGAAAAUAUGCUGCUAACAAUUUCAUUUGGGUCAAUUCUAAAUACUCUGUCUGAAUAUGCUAGACAUUUGCAUUGGGAGGUCUGUUUGCAAAAAUCCUUAAGAGUCUUUCAACUUGAUGAGGAACUUGUUUUGUUACUAAUAGGGUCAGGGGUUUAUUGUCUCAACAACACACUACCUCCCUAACUUCCCUGAAGAGCCAAUCAAAGAACCUCAAGGUCAUUAUCAUUGUUGUGGAAGGAGUUGGAGGUUUUUUUAGGGUUGAAAAAAUACAAUUUACUGAUCUCUCCUUAAGGCUCUGUGAUGUUGUUAUCUUCCCCUCCACCUUUUGCUGGCAGUUAAUUAGCAGUCAAUUUCCUAUAGUCACCCCUUUACACUCCUUUGGUUACUGAUCCUCCCUUCAGUACCCCUGAAAACCAUGUAAUCCACCCCAAAAUACUCCACCCCAACCCCCUUCAGAAAAUAGAUAAGGAGUGAUCCCCUAUUUUUGCUCUAUAAUUUUGAGAUGUACAAUCAAGUCCAAUUAUAUGCUCUUCUUUAGGAUUACAGGACUACAGGUGGACACAUCAAGUAUUAAAUGCUAUGACAAGCCACUACGAUAAACCAGAGGUCUUAAUUGCGGCCUGUCAUGCUUUGCAAGAGUUGAUUGACUUCUGUCCCAAUGUCUUGACGGAAAUAGGAGAGGAAGCACAUGGCAAUGCCCUUCCUGUACACAAUUGUUGCAUGGCUGUCUUGAUGUUGCAUGCAGAUAACUUAGAGCUAUGUGAGUCAGCAUGUAGAGUUUUGGCAACCAUGGUCAGUAUGUCGAACCCACUAAGGGAGGUAAGAUGAAAGAGAUCAAAAGUCAUGUUUUCUCUGUACAAAGUUAAGGCUUACAAGAGCACUUUAAAUCAGUUCAUACUUUUAAUUGAUACUUGAUCAUCACUUUAUUACACCCAUUUUGAAAUCUCUGGUGGUCCCUGUAAUCUGAUUGGCUCUAAUUGAUGCAGUUUAUUCAUGAAUUGCACUAUAUUUUGCCUUAAAUCCCAUUUUUUUCCCAGCCAAUGAGGAGGCUAUACUAAAACAAAACAACCAAUCAGAUUUCAAGGCUUGUUUAAAGUAACUGAUCAAAUUGCAGGAAAAUGAAAGACAAAGGGUAUCAUGUGGCAAAUUUUGCAACUUUUGUUUCAAAAACUUACUUUUCCCCCCCCAAAAUGGAUGAAUUUAACUUCGGACUGGCUCAGUAUUGCAUUGAUAAAAUAUUUGAACUGACCAAGUCCUGUAUUUGGGUGAUUUCAAAAUGGAUGUAGUAAAGUGGUAAUUGAACCUCCUGUCAUGCAAUUUUGGUCUGAAAUCAUACUUGUGAUUUCAAAUUGAACUUGUGCUGCGCACUCGUUUGAUUUUGAAUCACGCAUAUUAUUUCAGCCCAAAUUGCACUCCACUUAGUUGAAUUACCAUUAUCCAUUAUUUAUGAUCAUAAAGCUCUUUAUGAUUAUUUAACAUAGUCUUGUGGUUAAGUUAUGAUUUAAGAGUUAUACUUUAAAAGCACUAAGUCCUUUACUUGAUGAAAAAUAUCAUUUUUCAGUCUUUGAUGUCCAAAGGGUUGUACUUGAACAUUAUCCAUGCAAUGAAACAACACAAGAAAGAAUCAGGAGUGCAAAUGUGGGGCUGCAGAGGGCUGAGGGGAUUGUCUUUAUCUGGGUUUCAUAACAAAGAACUCAUGAUAAACUGUGGAGUUCUAGAGCUGAUCUUUGACUGCACUUGGAGGUAAGCAGCAAACAAGGGUAAUGAAAUUAGAUUCUGAUAUAGUAGUUACUUAAAAUAACAGCAAACUUUGGAAAAAACAUUUCUGUGCUGCAGUGUUGAGCAUUCAGCAGUGCUGUAUUAUUCUUCUCAACCUAAACAAUCAAACAGGUUUAAAGCUAAAACCAAUCAUGGUUUAGAUACAACAUUUUUCUACACUUGAGCCUGCUAUAAAGGAUGUAGUCAACAAAUAAAUGUUGCAAUGCUUCUGUUCACUAAUAAAUCACAGGUGACCUCAAAAUGUGAUAAGAACAAAAAGGUUGCACAAAGCCCAGUGUACCAUUGAUGUUCUUUUUAUAUUAUUAGGUCUUCUGUGAUCUAUUAACCCUUUACCACCUAACAUCAGUAUGUAUAUUCUCCAUACUGUUCUCCAUACAUUUUCAAAGAGGCUGACAAGGAGAAUUUGAGUAACAGUCAAGAGUUGCUUUAGUGGGUGAUCAUCACCUCUAUUCUCAUGACUUUCAUGUUUGAUUCAGGGGUGAUAUGGUAAGGAGAAAUUAGAUGCUAGUCACUCAAAAAAGCAAAAUUGUUGUUAAUGGUGACAUCAUCUAUGCGUCUGUUCUCCAAUCGAUUACAAUUAAGAACCAAUCAAAAUGCCUGCAUGACUCAUGUAAAUUAUAAAUUAUCAUAAGUUAUCAUAUACUCAGGGUUUCCAAUAGCUUGCUGUGAUAUGUAUCCUUAGCAUUAUGAAAUAUUGCAUUUUCAUUGCUAUGCAACCGUUUUCAACAGUCAUCUGUCUAUUGAAAAGUGCCUUAUGGAGUAUGUUCUUUUAAACUUUGGUUUUGUCCAUGCAGAUUUAGCGAUAAGAUUGACGUCCAACAAGAAGCCAUAGCAUUGAUUGCAUGCUUAGCAACAGAUGUUGAGCUUGUUUUGCAUCAAAGUGCUAUUGAAGGGAUUCAUGGAACGAUUUUGAACGCAAUGAACUCCUUCCCAGAUCAGAUUUCUCUUUGUGAGAUCUCAUUGGAAGCUUUGGGUGAGUGUUUUUGUCUGUCAGUACAGCUUUAUAUUAGCGUCAUUAGCAUAGCCACAUACAAACUUAAUAGUUCUCUAGGGAGGACAGCUGUGUUUGAAAUAAUUUUGAAAUUGUUUGAUGCAAAGGAUCAGUACCUAUGAUUGUUUAUAUAAAUCUUAUAUGAGAGAGUGACUUUGAGGUGACAGCUAUGCUGGAAUGGGUCAGCUUUAAGUUGCAAGCCAUACUGCGACCUGAAUAUCGAGCAGUAAGUUUGCAAUAACUGAUCGACGUGUCGCUCGGUGUAUCCUUGAAUUAUAAAAUAAUUUGUACUGGAAAAUUGUUUUCUUCCAGUGUUUCUUCUUGAGAUAUAUACCUUUGACUCCUUAUACUCUAUGGAAGAACGAACACUCUACGAAAGAGACAGCCGAAAUUUGUUUUUAUCCUUUUCCAGCUUGCAUUACUGGUUGUAGACUUGGAGAUAUUAAAUCGUAGAAAAGGCAUAUUGGUUUAGUUAACACCCAAUGAAUAUCAUUGAUAUGAGAAAAAUCUUAGCCUUUCUGGUGGAAAAAUCGCGGGAGUUUACGUAUUGUGCCAAACUCAACUUAAAAGGCUGAAAACUUAAACAGAAGAAGACCAAAAUUUUAUUUUCAGGUUAUUUGGCUCACAGUGCUCAUGCGCAAGCCGCGUCCUACCCCUCUCUUGCCCCCUCUAAGUGCUAUUUCUUUUUUGCCUAGGUGUGCUAUGUGCUGCUGAGGAAGUUCCACAUCUCCUCGUAACUUCAGAGUAUGGUGGUGUAAAAAUUAUUUUUGAUGCGAUGAUGAAACAUCUGAACGAACCAGCCAUACAACAAAAGGGGUGCAUUCUUAUUCAAGUGCUGGCUCCCUUGCUGUCUGAUGAACAUUGUCAAAUGGCAGUCUCUGCUGUCCUGGAGGCCAUGUGUGAGUACCAAGAAGACAGAGGUGUUCAAGCCGAAGGCUGUGUAGCCAUGCUUGUCAUUGCUCAAAUAGACGAGAAAAAGAGUUCAAUUUUGGUGAAUAACUGUGCUCACGAAAGACUUUUCUUCAUCUUGGAGCACUUUGUCGAAGAACCAGACCUUGUUUUCUUGGCCAGUGAAUGUAUUCGGUUUCUUGGUUGGGAACGCAACCUAAAAACACAGAUGCUGUUGUCAGCGUGUGCUGGUGGCCUUCUCAAAGGAGCCAACUGUCUGAUCAAGAAAGGAGCAGAUGUGAAUGCUGGUCAAGGUGAGAACACACCUCUUUGCUGUGCGUGCAAAAACGGUAAAGAAGAAAUGGUACAAUUUCUACUCACUCAGGGAAUCACAGACAUUCAGUGUGCUCUGAGGCUUUCUCUCGAGAUGGGACACAAUAACAUUGUAGGACUGCUUCUACAACAUCUCGGCCAUGACAAAGAGGCUGGUAUCAUAGCAUUUAGCAACCUCAAUCUGAGUGACUUGCGCCCAGAAUGGUUGUCGCCUUCACUAUCGGGCUUAAAGUAUUCUCCCCCAGCUCUUUGUGCUGGUUGGUCUGAGUUCAUCGACGAUGCCAAGAGAACAAUGGAACGAAGAGCUUCACUCAAUAGUCGCUUGAGACGAAAAGGGAGUGAUUUGAUGCUGAACAAGUAUCCCAAGGCUGAUUCAGUCUCUUUCGAUGGGGAUGCUUCUUUCUCCUUUGAGUCAAUUGAUUAUUCCGAUUCAGACUCCGAACUUGAUUUUGAUGUCCCAGAGUUAAGCGAGAAUUCACCAUUGCGCGCACGUAGCAUUAGUGGAGCUUCCUUCCCUUACAGCUCGCAUGAUCCUCGCAUUGUGUCUCCCUUCUCCGACGAUAACUGCGUCAUAUUACCCAGGAGUCCGCGAAAAAUAUCAGUUGAAGAACCCACGCCCAAUCGCCAGCGUCCAGUGUUGACAAGACGUUCAGCUAGCGACGUAAAUCCCCCUCUGCGAAGUCCAAAAGACUAUGUUUCUCACAGUUUGUCCGACCCUGAGCAGGCUGAUGCUAUAUCAGAAUCUGGAGACGAUGUACAGCAACCAGGAACGUUCAAAAUGCCAAAUGGAAGCUACGUGUACAGUUGGGACGUGCAGGAAAGCUAUAGGGAACGGAAUCUGAGUGCUCCUUUUCAGUUCGAAAGUGGAAAAUUAUCACAUUACGUAAUUAGUGAAAGACGUACCGGGAAAACGUUUGAAGAACGAAGAAAGCGAAGAGAGUCAAUCAGAGCCGUAUCUGCCAACGCAACCGUGCUUUCUAUUGAUGCUUCCAGUAACAACAUUGUUAGCAUUGAUCCUCUGGCAGAUGCAUCCUCGCUAUUUCUCGCUCAUUUAGCAAAGGUUGAAAGGUUGGAUCUAAGUCAUAACCACCUGGAACGCUUUCCUCCUCCCCUCUGUGAUGCUAUGCCUGUUUUGAAAUACGUGAAUUUAAGUCACAAUGAGUUUAAAGAUUUUCCCUUCUGCUUUGUCCAUGAGUCGAGCAGGGUGAAAGUACUGAACUUGUCGCACAACAAAAUCGAGAUGAAAUCUUAUCCUUCGCUCCGUGGAUCAAACAGUAUGAUGUUGGAAGACUUGAACUUGUCGUACAACGGAGAAACUUGCUUCCCUGAGAGGCUAGGGGAGCUAUUUCCUGGCUUAACAAGCUUGUAUGUGUCGGGCAAUAGCAUAAAGACGCUACCUGAUUGUUCUCUGAACCUGCCGCAGCUUAAAACACUGGACUUGUCAAAUAAUCAGCUGUCAGAGAUUCCGCCCGAAUUCUUUGCAGACAGUUCUGCUCUCGAAACUCUAUUGGCUUCAAGCAAUAUUCUCUCAGCAUUACCUGAGGCUGCUGCCCCAUCUUUGAAGAAUUUGAAAACAGUUCGGUUGAACAAAAACAAGCUAGGGGAAAUGUCAACAAAGAAACAGUUUUCGAUUUGUCGAUUUUUUCUUAAACUUCCCAAUUUGAAGAUUUUGGACCUUUCCAGCAACAAUCUUGAAGACAUCCCAGCUCCCAUUGCUUGGUCCACCCGGCAAUUGAAAGAACUUGUGCUGGCUGACAACAAGAUUAGGAAGUUGUCGCUGGAGGGUGUUGAGAAUUGGUCAUAUCUUGAAAGACUGAUCUUGAGUGACAAUUGUUUAAAGCAAGUACCUGAUGGAAUCGGUGAAUUGACAUCCUUGACUUCGCUCGAUUUGAGUCGAAAUACCGGCAUCACGCAUCUGCCGGAUGAAAUGGGAAGAUUAUCCAAUCUGUGGGAUUUGCAGCUGUUUGAUCUUAAGCUUGAUCUUAAUUCAGGUAUUCUGGAAAGCAGAGCUCAAGAGCUCAUUGGGUUCUUGCACUCCAAGCUUAAGAACUCAGUACCAUAUUACCGCAUGAAGCUAGUAGUUGUUGGACAGGCAGGACGAGGAAAGACAGCCUUGCUAAGCCUGUUACGAGAACGCAGUGCUACAGGUCCACAUCACGAUGUCAUGAUGGGGGAAUGGUGCGUGAGAGAUCCCAAAGCUGAGUGCAAGGAGUGUCAUCGCAAAAGUGUGGAUUAUGUCUUCAGCACAUGGGAUCUUAGGGGUCGGGAUGAUUUAUACAGCGCCUAUCAGUGCCUUCUGUCGUCAAGGACUUUGUUUCUUGUUGUUUUUGAUGUUAGCAAAGGAACGGGUGAGAUUGAUGCUCUUAAGCCCUGGUUGCUCAACAUACAUGCUUGUGCACCUGAGGCAUCGGUCAUGCUCGUUGGUACUCACAAGGACAAGGUACCGAAGGAUCGGGAAACGGAGGUAUUCCAAGCGGUUACAGAAAGAGCCCUUAGUAUGUGUGCUGGUGCUGGCUUUCCUCAGAUCAAAAGCAUCGUGGUGUUGGACUGCACUAAAGACACACCAGGAAUUAAGUCUCUCCGUACGAAUAUCGUGCAACUUAUAACAAAAUCUACGUGCAAAGGUUCUUCUUUGAUUGGUCCUACAGUGCCUCAGAACUUCGUGAAGCUGCAGGAUUUGUUACAGCGUUACAUCCGUACCGGAGACGCGCGAAGAAUUUUGACAAUGGCUAACAUUCGGAAACUCAUUCAAGACAGCGAAAUACACACGGAUGAUGCUGAGAUCGAACAAGCUAUCAAGUUCUUAAGUGAAGCAGGUGCGUGCAUAGCAUUGCGUGGGAUUUGGACAGAAAUAGAACUUAAAUUGGCGUGAGAUAUAACCACGAAACCUUUGCAUCUCUUUAGCAAUUCAGAGUACUUCCGCUUGUAAGAUUUGAAUGUUAAUAAUCUCUACAGCUGUUUGUUUCCUGAAUUUUUAAUUCCGUGAGGUUUUUUUUUUUUUAAAAGAUAAUCAGGACUAUCGUUUUGUUGCUAUUAGUUGGACUGUCACAGUUAAUUUUUCGUGUUCGAAUCGCUGGGCGGUUAGGAGCACUCAUUGAACUUUUGUACUCUUGUCUAUAAAUUUCGGUCAUCUAAGGGCGGGCCAUAAAUCGACGAGGAAAGAACGGGGAUCCUUAACCUACAGUAAAUGAUAUUUAUGACAUUUUUAGGAGGAUAAAAAAUGGUCAAGUGCGGAAAAAAAUGGCUUGGAAUACUUAACAUUUCUGUUUUUUUUUUUCCUUGUAGGAGUGCUCAUUCAUAUUGAUGAUCCAGCUUGCCAGUUGAAUGAUCUCCUCUUUGUUGUUCCCGUGUGGGUUUACCAGCUGUUAGCCCACGUGGUUACACAAAAGGAUGUCGAAAGUGUCGAUGGGAUCAUUAGAUUGGCGGAGCUUGAGAAUCUAGUUCGAGAGGGAAGUGGUGAAGUGAACGUGACGUCAGAUCUCAUGCCUCAGAUACUUAAGUAAGUGGCAUGUUAACGGUGGAUUAUGCUUUAUGUAUCAAGUUUUAUGCCAUACUUCCCUACCUUUUGUACGUCAAAUGGGGCUGUUGGUAUAUUUAUAUCACAUUUAAUUUAAAAAAACUUGAAUAAAAUAAAUGUUAAUUUUGCUUCUUCCCUAAAUUAUCGGGAAAAUUUAUGCUUUUCAGCUUGUAUAAUAUUUGCAAUAUCUCUCUCUUUCAGGCUUCUUGAACAUUACUGGAUCGCUCUUCCUCUCAGAGAUGACAGAUACAUUUUGCCAUCCUUGCUGAGCAAUAAACAACCAUCGCUCAAAAUUCCUCAUUUUGAGGGAAUCGUCCUCGUUAGUCGCUUGUACAAAAUGGCCUAUGUACCUCCAAGUUUCUGGCCGCGGCUUCUUACCAGGGUCCAGACGUUUGUUGUGAAUUUGUAUAUGGACCACAGAGUGCGAAUGGAAAGCCCUCGUGAACCUCAAGUGACACAAUGGAAUUCAGGAGUUUAUUUAUACUGGGCAGACCAAGCAUUCUGUUUGAUCUGUCAAGAUUUGACCAGUCCCCACAGAGACACCGUGAUGAUCACAGCGCCGAGCACAACGCACGGAGCCAGAAUCCUUGCCCAUGUGGUGGAUCAUUUGGACACUCUAUUAGAGGAAUGGUUCCCUGACUUGUGUUAGUAAUGACGAUUAUAAUAAUGCUAUUAAUAAUUAACAAUUAUUCACUGAAGUAGAGGUGAAUGGUGGUGGCUAUUUGCGGUGAGGUAAAUAUCCACCACUUUCUCCGACACCCAGUACAGAUACCAAAAAGAUUACUGUAUUUCUUUCGAUGUACCAAAAUAUGUUCGGAAAUUUAACUCUUGAAGCGCGAUGUUGACUAAUCGACAGCUCAGAAGUGAAUAGCACUUGCCAUCACUAACCAAUCAGCGUGCGCGAAGAGCACUAUUCACCUGUGUGGUACAUACUAAUGAUAUUUAUGAUAAUAUUAAUAGUGAUGAAAAGGAUAAUAAUACGGAUAAGGAUAAGGAUGAUAAUAACACCAAUAAUAAUAAUAAUAAUAAUAAUAAUAAUAAUAACAACAACACUAAUAAUAAUAAUAGUGAUAACAAUGAUAAUGUUAUAAUAGCGGUUUAAUGAUAGAUUUUGUACGGAGUAGUGCUACAUUCAUCGUAAACUGAAAAACUAAACCAAUGGAAGAAGUAUAUAAACACCUAAUUCGUGUAAAUAAAAUUUGCGUGUAAACGAGUUAUAGGUGAAAUUGACAUAUUCCGGAUUCGGCUUUAGUUUUCAAAAAGUUAAACUCUUUUUUAACAAACUUUUUGACGGAAGACUCAAGUUCGAUAUCAUUUGGCAAAAUGUAAAGAACUUAGAAGCGGAAUCUUGUGUAAGAACUGCCCAGUCCUGCUCGCUUUUAAUACUUGCAUGCAUCAAAACAUAUACUUUCGAGGUGUUGUGAAAAAUCUAGCUCCACCUCCUCAACCAUAGGGUGUUCAACUUAAAACAUUCGUGACUUGGCCAGUUGUGUUUACUGCAUUUGCCGUCAUCUCAUUGCCAGCUUCGGGAUUUCAAUGAUUCCCCUCUACCACUUUCUUUGUCGUCGUUGUUACUGUAUUUGUGAUAAAAAGAAACUCAGUCGAAAAUCGUUCGUGUCGUUCGUAAAAUGGUUACCGACACAUGCUUGUAAUGAAAAAUUUUAUGUGACAUUUCUGCAGGUAAAUUGGAUCCUGAAGGCUCACCACUUGUCCAAAAGGAGGCUGUGUGCCCUGUGUGCAAGGGCGAGAAGGCCCACGAAUUUUCACUCAACGCUAUAGCACAAGCGAGUGAAAAUGAGUACGUCAUGUGCCCCAACACAAAAUUGCUGGUUGCCUUGGGCCAGAUAGCUCCCGAUGUUGUGAUGGAGGAUAUCGGCGAUCAGUACAGGAUUGAUGGAAGUAAACUGGAGUUGGACAUUAAGCGAGCUAGGCUUCUUGGUGAUGGCGCAUUUGGAAAUGUCUACAGAGCUCGUUAUAACGGCAAGCCUGUCGCUGCUAAGGUUUGGAAAUUUUUGUUAACUCAAGUAGAGAGUUAUAGAUCUCAAGUUGGCUUCAGUGUUUUAAAUCGGAGUGCUUUGGUGAUAAUGGAGAUUUGCAUACUCUAAUAGGUCCACGAUGUCGUCAUAGAUUGCCCCGCGCAACCUUACCACAUUACCAGUUGACCGCCGUGGGUUUUCUCGAUGAAUCUCAGGCACUGGGGGUUUUAUGCAAUACAUUUCGACAUCAUUCACUUCUCUUUCGGCAAAUGAUUAUCUUAAGACCUCCAAAAGAACCACUUUUAUCUCUAAGAAUUUUUAAAGAUAAUGUUAUUUUACCUUAUUUUUACAGGUGUUUCAUCCUAGUAGUGAGGACAAUCCUCAUACGUUACUUCGUCAAGAACUGAUUUUCUUACGUAAGCUUCACCAUUUGAGCAUCAUUACUAUGGUGGGGGUUUGCAUGAAGCCAUGGUCCUUAAUAAUGGAGAUAGCGCCUAUGGGAUGUCUGGGUUCACUUCUGAGCAACGGGCAGGCACUUAGCAGAGGAAUUCAGCACAGAAUUGCACUACAGGUUGGUGGGUCACCUUGCUAUACCUUCUUCCUUUCCUUCUGUCUUUAAAUCAAUUAUUAACAGUUGGCGCGCUGGAUCCCAGGUCUAGAGGUAGCAAGGUCAUUGUGUUGUGUUCUUGGGCAAGGCAUUUUACCCUCACAGUGUCUCUCUUCGUCCUGGCGUAUAAAUGGGUACAAGCUGACUGUUAGGGGAAGCUUACAGAAUGCUCUGGCUGAAUGGGCCACUUGCUUGGUAUGCAGACUUUACCUGCAGCCCUAUUUAAGUUGCACAUUAGCGCUUACUGAAGUAAUUCCUACAAAACCAAUUAACUCAAACACGUACUUUAUUUCAGGUAGCUGAAGGUUUGGUGUUUUUGCAUCAUCACAUGAUCGUGUACCGUGAUUUAAAGCCGAACAACAUCCUCAUCUUCUCGCUUUCCGUUGCAAAUUUGAUCAACGCUAAGAUAUGUGAUUAUGGGGUCGCUCGAUACGCAACACGGUGCGGAUUAACUGCCUCUGAAGGGACGCCUGGUUACCGAGCACCCGAAAUUGCCCGAGGUGACGUCACUUACAACUUGGAAGCCGAUUUGUACUCGUUUGGAAUGUUCCUUUACGAGCUUGUAACCGGAGGAACCAAACCAUUUGAAGACUUGCGCUUCCGGCACGAGCUGGAUGCGGCCGUGUUGAAGGGUCGAGCAUUGGAUCCUAUCACGGCAUCUCACUGCCCUCCAUGGCCUGAUUUUGCAGACCUUAUUGCGCAUGCCCUGGAGCCUUCGCCAAGUAGGCGAGUUACAGCAGUUCAGGUGAAAGAAAAGUUGUAACUGUUUUAUAUGAUUGGUUUUUUUUCUGGUUUUGUCAUCAUUUACACCGUUGUCUUAGAACUUUUCGGUUACAUUACGCUAGUUUUUGUUUAAGGAUUUAGUUGUGCAAAAGUGAGUCACUACAACCGUUCGUCGUUCUUCAUGUUUUGUUUCUCUCUCUAGGCCUACUCACGUCUGUGUGACCCCGAGUUGAUCUGUCUAAAACGUGACAUAGCGGUGUCUAAGGGAAAGGCGGUAGAGUGCAUGACCAUCCGUCACUUUACCGAAAAUAACACGCCCAAACUGGAGGUGUGGGUAGGUGGUGGACAGUCAGAUGACCUCAGUGGCCAGGUGACCAUUAUCGACCUCUCUGAAAAGGGUGUAGAGGUAAGAAAUUUACGAUAUCUCUAUUGUAUAACUUGAAAAUAAGCGUUGUGCGUUCUCGUUAUCAGAAUAGUUUGGUCGUUGUAUAACACCCAACCCCGUCGUGAGUUGCCGAGAGCAGGGUAUUCUAUCAAGCUGUGUCAAAAAAUGCAGCCGGCUGAUAUCCAUACUGAAGAAUUCCCACCGUAAUCGGGUUUUGUUUUUUAACAUGCCAAUAUUUUCCAUAUGAACUACUAACCGAAAUAUUGAAAUAGGAGCCGCAUGAAAACCCUCGGUAAAUCACUGUAAUUUCCCAUGUGGUUCAUGUAUCAAUAUUUUUGUUCUGACUUGAAUAGAGAGUAAAUUCUUGAUACUAAUUUGCCAUUAUUAAGACCUUUAGAGCCGUCAUAAAAACGGCAGGGUAACAACAAAUUGCCAAAGAUAAAGGGGGUAAGUCUCUAAAGAAACUGUGGUGCUGUGUCGGUGGGAGAGUAUAACAAGGUAAUUUAGUCAGACAUAGUUUGAUGCUACUCUGUUUUGCAGAUUUAAUGAAUGUAACCGAAGAAGUUACAAUUCAUAGACCCAACGUUUCGACACUCCUGUCUAGUACCUUCAUCAGGGGUGAUCUAAAUGCUGCAACAAGAGGUCCUUUUAUAUGAUCACUAAUUAGUGGCCUUUUUUCUGACGAGGUGUAAAUAGGCGUCAGGAAGCAAAUCGCCAUCGUCACGAUUUAAAGAAGCGUGGGCGGAGUUAAUAUGCCAAGCCUCCAAACAAAGGCGCUGGUGGUAACGCCAAAUGGUGGUGAUAAUUUUAGAAUUAUCCCAACCAAUUGUAUGGUUAGUUAGGCAUGUAUGCUCCGAUAAAGCUGAAUUUUCCUUUUUGCAAAGGAAAACCGCUUUUUGGUGCUCUUUUAACCUUGUACCAAACUGACGUUAGGUCUGUCCAAUGUAUUCGUUGUCACAGUCAUUACAAGGAAUAGAAUAAAUGGCGUCGGUUCGUUGUUCUUUCGUGACAGGAUCCUUAGGUUUGGCGCAAAUAUGCCCCAAAGUCUGAAAAGGUUUUUGAACAACUUUAACGUUGUGGCUAUUCAAAAUUCUUUUGAUGGGUUCCGUAACACCCUGUAUGUAAGGAAUAACAACAAAACCAGUCGCUGGUUCCCUUUCAUCAAGAGCGUUACUAUUUGUAACUAGUUUUUGGCAGUUACGGAGAAAAGUUUUUGUAUAGCCAUUUGCCUUUAGAACAUUGGAAACAUAUUUCCUCUCCUCAGCCUUCGAAUCGAGUGAAGAUGGUAGACAGUCAGCCCUCCUAAGUAAAGUUUUGGCUAUAGACUUUUUAUGGCAAAUAGGGUGGUGAGAAUCGAAGGCGAGGUAUUUGUCGGUGUGGGUAGGUUUACGGUAGACACUUGUCUCUAAACUACCCUGAACCCCUCUGGACACAUUUAAAUCAAGAAAGGGCAAAUGUAUAUCCUUUUCACGCUUAAGGGUGAAUUGGAUCGACGGCUCUACUGAAUUCAAAUGCGACAAGAGGCACUCCGCUUCAUUUCCGGAUACCGCAGAAAUAACAUCAUCGAUGUAUCGUUUCCAGAAAAAGGGUCUAACCCUUAAAAUGGCCGCUAAUUAGUGAUCAUAUAAAAGGACUUCUUGUUGCAGCGUUUAGAUCACUCCUGAUGAAGGCACUAGACAGGAGUGUCGAAACGUUGGGUCUAUGAAUUGUAACUUCUUCGGUUACAUUCAUUAAAUCUGCAAACCAGAGUAGCAUCAAACUAUGUCUGAUUGUCCACCUGGUUGCCGUGUGAACUUUAAUAUAAAGUAAUUUAGUGUUAACAAUUGAGUUGGAAACGCAAAUUAACCACCGUAAAGAGUUCGAAGGCUGACGUUUCGAGCGUUAGUCCUUUGUUAGAGCGAUAGAAGAGUUAACGCUCGAAACGUGAGCUUUUUAAACUCUACGGUGGCUAAUUUACAUUUUCAACUCAGUUGUCAACUCUAAAUUACAAAUUGCCAAAGAGAAAUAUUUUUGUUAAUUUUGAAAACUAUUUCGAUCUUUAAAUGUCAUUUCAAGUGUAAACAUCUGUCGUAUAAUGUGUAUUGCCACUGUGCAGUUCCGUCAUAAAGUAACAAUUGCCGCACUAUCUUCGGUUUUUUUUAGGGCUGCACAGGUACUUUGAUUCAAGACAAACGGGUUAUGAGCAUCCUAGCAGUGGAUAGCGACACUGUUCUGGCUGGAACUCAGUCCGGAAAGAUAUGGGUGUUCAACGCCUGGGACCAUAAGCGCCUGUUCUCCCAGCCUCAGUUGCCUCAUGCCAUUCUCUGCCUUAAACCAUACAAAGACGACAAUGUGAAUGUAGUGCUGGCGGGACUCAGUAAUGGUCAGCUAGCUGUGUAUAACAGCUGUAGUUUAAGAGUAGAAGACACCAGUCCAACAUAUUUUGACCUAUGUUACAGCAAAAUCCUCAAAGGUACGUCCUGUGGAGACUGCGUAAUGCAUCCUGUCGCCUGUAUGGCUGUUGGCAAGAGGAGGUUGUUUUGCGGAUGCGGUAAUGAAGUAGUGGUGCUCAGAGUAAAAAAGAAUGGAGAGGCAAAGGUGAAUGAAGGAGACAGCAGCGAGGUAAUUAUCGACAUUGAGCGCCGGUGGGCCGCCGAAAACAGGGCCAAGGGUCUCGUGUUAAACAUCGCCGUGGGCGCGUCGUUCGUUUGGAUCUCAACUCGGGAUAGUCCAGUGGUGGAAUGCUGGAAUUUUUUCAAGGCUAAGUUUCUUGGCUCCGUUGACUGUUUGACAAUUCUCAGAGACGCUGGGUUUACAGGCAACUUACGGGAAACACGAGUGCUUAGUCUUCUUCUUUCGCACAAGACGCUCUGGGUUGGGCUGGGCACUGGUCACGUGGUUCUCGUAGACCCUUCGACGCGGAAGCCUCUGAAGUUGAUCCACCGUCACGUGUCCGCAGUACGCUGUCUCGCGGACACGCAUAGCUCCUCAUCUCCUAAAUCGGCGUCGUUGGUGUUGACAGGAGGAAUGGGGUUCAUUGAGAGACAUGGCUGUGAGUGGAAGAAAGCUAUUUCAGAUUUUGGAUACACGCUCGUUUGGGAGGCAGAUUUUAUGGAACAGGCCAAACAUCUGGAGGAUCACAUCCGUCGAAGGCGCGAACUUUCAAAUACUCUCGUGGAAUAAAAGACAAUGUUUGUGAAAUAAUGUGCGUGGCUUGCGCUCGAUGUGUCAAGGGACGAGUGAUUUAGAUCGGCACACACGAGUGGAAGGUCACACGUGCGCGAUUUACUCGCGUUCUUCCGAAAAUAGUUAAAAUCUUAGAAAUGUUGAAAAUAAUGGCUUAUGUUAUCACCGUUCAAUCCGAAAAGGUUAGCUACAUCUCGAUAUACGAAGUUCAGGCGACGUGUAAAAUUAAGUAGAAUUUUAAAAAAUUAUAGUAUAGAAUAAAAUUGAGUAAAACAGAAAAUAUACGAUAAUAGCGAAAACACCGAAAUUGAUAAACUAAAUUCAAGAACAAAGUGAAAGGCGAUUUCAAUCUGGCUAAACGUUUGUAGCUGUGUCACUUAUUCAGAAAGGUAGAGAACAUCAGUCUCUCUCGUUAUCGCAGUUGGGUGGGUACAUGAUUUUUACAAGGUUACAACGGGUGGAAAGUUCUGUCACAAGAUCAUUGCCAGAAGUCUUGUAGAGAACAUUAUGUUGUAUUUUUAGGCUUUUUAAACUUUUUUGUGCAUGUUGGGUUUGCUUACAUGCAAAUUACCGUUCUUCUUUUAAAUAAAUAGUGAGAAAAUAGUGCAAGCUGGACUUUAUGAUUUUCUUUUAAGUUGUUGAUAGAUGAUUCGUUUUCAUCCUGUUCUACAUCAGUUCAAUCAUGGCUCUCAUAGCUUUUUGGGUUGUGUGCUCUUUAAUUUUAAAAAGCUUGUAACAGACUAUAUGAUUGUUAAAUGGUUAUUUGUACCUAACAGAGAACUCUUUAAAAUGGUACCAGAUAUAUUUUAAACAUUGAGUAAUAG